CGACCACCUGGCCCACGACGAGUACUUUGCCACAGCAUUACCUGAUCUGAGACGGCUGGCGAUGGCCAGUGCCGUGGACCGCCGGGUUUUUGACCCCGAUAAGAAAGCUUCCGUAAGGGUGCUGGACGAUUCAGCCGCGACCGCCAGGCGCCUGGUGGAGUCGCGUAUCACGGCUUUCACAGGAGAGUACGACUUUCUAAGCACGCUUUCGAAAUCUCGUGUUGUACUUCCAGGAGAAGGCGUGAUGGAAGGGGAGGGUUUUCAGGCUUACCCGACCGUCGAGCAUGCGCUUCAAGCGUCAAAGAGCUCGGACCCUACGUACCGGCAAUCGAUCCUGUCCUCCAAAGACGCCCUGGAAGCGAAGCGUCGCGGCGCAAAGGCACCGAACGUGGACAAGCAGGCGUGGAAGCUUAAGUCCUUGGUGGUCAUGGAAGCCUUGCUGCGCGACAAGUUCCGCAGGCACAAGGGGCUUCGGCAGCAGUUGAUGAACACGGGUACCAAGCAGCUCGUGUACGAGAACGAGCACAACGACCAGUUCUGGGGAACAUGCAAGGGCAAGGGCCACAAUCACCUGGGGCAGCUCCUCGAGCGAGUGCGCGCGGAUGAGAAAGAGGGGCUUCUGGGUAUAUUGCUGUGGGCCAAGCAGGUCUUCAACGCCACGUCCGACUCCAAGGUGCGCCUUGACGUGAGCGUGACACGGGAGGGGCACCCUCUGCCC